CUCUCCGUGCUGUGAGUGAACGUAAUUACAAGUAAUGUCAAAGGAUUUCUGGGAAUGUGAGAAUGGCAGACCUUGGAAUGUCCAGCGAUGACUGUGAUUUUUAUGAGAAUGUGUUUUGCAAUCCAGCAUUCGAGCCAGAGAAUGACCAUGAUGAAAUCAAAGAUGUGUUUAAAGUUGCCAUUUCCUCAGAACCUAUCAAAAGGCCUGCACCACAACACAGAAGUUUGCUGAGUGUGUGUGUGUUGCGUCUGAGGGGUCACUGGUGUAGCUGGGGGACUCUGGUGGUGUCUGCAGUCGUGCUGGUGUUGGUGGCAGUGCUGGGCAUCACUCUAGCACUUGUUCUAACACAGAUGAAUACAGACUCCACUGAGGAAGGAGCGCUGUCUCCUCUGGACUCCUGGAGUGGAGGCACAGUUUCACACAGCCUCACCCCAAGCCCCACCAUUCUUCAUCCUGCACACAGCUCACUAUUCCCACAGCUUGAGCAAGAGGCCACCACUCAUACAAAAUGUGGUGGUGUAUUGACUGAUUCAGAGGGAUCUAUCAGCUCUCCGAACCACCCAGGCCCAUACCCUCCUGACUCCAUGUGUGUGUGGGUGAUCAGGGUGUCUCCUCCAUCUCUGGUCCAGCUCCACAUCUCCUCCCUGGCCAUUGAGGGACCAUCCCCGUGCCUCUUUGACUGGCUGGAGGUUAGAGAAGAGAAAGAAGAUACCACCACAGUCAGCAGAUUCUGUGGCAAUGUGGCUCCCCCCACUGUGAACACCAAUAGCAGCACUGUAUUGGUGUCAUUCCGGUCUGACAGCAGUAUUGGGGGCAAUGGCUUCAUUGCGCAAUAUCAUGCCAUCCUUCCAUGGCAAAAAAGCUGCUCCAGAGAGGAGUUUAUGUGUGAUAGUGGCCGUUGCCUGUUGCCUGUGUCUGUUUGUGACAGCCAGUCAAACUGCCAGGACCACACAGACGAAGCCAACUGCAGCCAUAAACACAAGGAAUGUGGAGGUCAAAAGACAGGACCAAGUGGCUCACUGUCCAGUCCAAAUCACCCAAAGCCAUAUCCUCACCAGCAGCUGUGUACGUGGCGUAUAUCUGCAGAGGAAGGCCAGGUUAUCAGAUUGACUUUUCACAACUUCAGUUUGGAAACUCAAGAUGUUUGUGAGUUUGACUAUGUGGAGGUGCAUGACGGCGCCAACACCGGAGAUGGCAGUGUGCUUGACAGGUUCUGUGGCUCAGGCCUCCCUCCUGACCUGACCUCCUCUGGGCCGAUGAUGACUGUAGUGUUUGUGGCGGAUGAAGGUGUGGCUGACAGUGGCUUUUACGCCUCUUAUCAGGUCAUCUCUCUCUCAGAAAGAACCUGCAGUCCUGAGCAGUUUGCCUGCGCCACAGGACAGUGUCUCCACCAUGACUGGCUGUGUGAUGGGUGGAACGACUGUGCAGAUGGCGCAGAUGAGCAGAACUGCAGUAACUCCACUUACCCUCCUUUCACUUCAUCCUGUGAGCCCAUUCAGGUGGAGAUGUGCCAGGGUCUCAGCUAUAACCUCACAUCCUUCCCCAACAUAUGGCUCUCCAUUGCUGAUCAGAGAGAGGCUGCCAACAUGCUGCGCCAGUACAGAGUGCUGAAGGAGCUGGCAUGUUUUGAGCCCCUGCGGCAGCUGGUAUGUGCCAUGUUCUUGCCACAGUGUAGCUUGCAAGGGGGCGUGCUGCAGCCAUGCAGAUCCAUUUGCUCAGCAGCGGAGCAGCAGUGUGGCAGAGUGCUGGACCUCUUCAGCCUGAGCUGGCCUUUCAAUUGCCACUUACUGCCUGACUCCCAUGACCCCAUGGAGUGCUCCCUCCCUUAGCAUAUAGCUUAGAAAGACUAAAUGAUGACUCAUAACUACAGCAGGACUCCGCUGGCUGGAGUACUCAGUGUAUUGUUGACUGUUUCUUGUGGAUUCCUGACAAUUGGAGGACAAUCCUUUGCAAAAACGAAGUAUGCUGAAAGUUACCUUUUGUUUGAAGUACUGUUUUUGCUCUACCAAUGUCCAAACUUGUACAUUAAGUGCAAUAAUGGGCCAAUUUAGAACACCAGUAAAGAUCCUUUUUUGUUGUAAGGGACAUUGCCAAAAGAACUAUGUGUGACCAACUCUUUCUCAAAUAUAAUGGUGCUGCAGUUUAAGUUUAAACUCUCCAGUAAAUCAAAUAACUUAAGUGUUCAAACAACUGAACCACUAUUAUUUGUGCUGCAUGACCAAGAAUGUUGGUGCAAAUAGAGUAGACAAAUGAAGCGCUCCAAAAACGUAAUGAUCCUUUAUGUAGAGUAAUGUAGAAUUUUGUAAAUAAAUGACUACUUAAUAUUAUACAUUACAAUGUUUUUUUUUAUAAUAGUGGAUUUGGCUGUAAAUUGAGAUACAAAUUAGUUUGGCAGUAUCAGGCACAGUAAAAGAAUUUAGUAGCUUUGUUUUUCUUUUGGUGGCCUUUCUGUAUGAAGGUGCAUAUUUUGAAGUAUUUUUAUAUACUCUGUAAAUAUGCAGUAAAUGCCAAUGUCU